CAAGCUGCAUUACAAACAUUCAAACGUUGUUUGAAAUACAUUUUCUUUCAAUGUACCUAAUUGGUAUUUUUUUGUCAUUGCUCUGAGGGGGAGAGAUCUUAGCGCGCAAUCGAUUGGCGCGCGUAACGAGCCCUCCGAUUUGACCAAACUUCUUAUUUGUGUCGGUGUUCAAGAUGUGGAGGGCUUAUAGAGUGUGGAAUCUAAUCAUAAUUAUCAUUGGAUACCAUGUCUGUUGGUGCUCGGGCUCCUCGUCUGAUGACAUCGUCAAUCUUCACGACUCUCUGUUCAAGAAUUACAAAAACAACGUCCGGCCCGUCAGGAACCAACACCACGCCGUCCACGUCAACAUCUCGUUCAAUAUUAUCAUGAUCCACGACCUGGAUCUGAAGAAUCAAGUAUUGACGACAAACGCCUGGCUAAGAAUUGCGUGGAGAGAUGAAUUCUUGACUUGGAAUGCCUCUGAUUUCCAUAAUGUCACAGAAAUUCUGGUGUCCAGGGGUGAAGUCUGGACUCCCGACCUUCUCGUAGAAAAUACAGCUUUUGGUUACCGAGAACUUGGAAUCGACAAGAUGUUACUAAAUUUAGAUCACGAGGGGCAAAUAAUAUGGGAGCCCGGACUUAUCACGCAAACAAUAUGUGAAGUGAAUAUAGCAAAGUAUCCAUUCGACAGUCAACAUUGUUCGAUUCGUGUGAUGUCUUGGAUGCACACCAACCGUUCCCUACAAGUGUCUGUAGCCAGCAACUCCAUAGAUACGACGAACUAUUACCCUAACGGAGAGUGGGAUCUUGUUAACACGUGCGUCAGGGCGUUUUCCCCAGAGGACGGAAGCUACAACGUUGGAGAGAUCCUUCCAGGCGCCGAGGCUAUCAUAGAAUUAAGGAGACGUCCCGUAUACUAUAUUAUCUCCACUAUUCUCCCUAUCUCGAUGCUGUCACUGCUGAACGUUUUGGUGUUCAUGCUUCCGACCAAUACAGGGGAGAAGAUGACACUAGCUGUGACUGUAUUGUUGUCUUUCACUGUCUUUAUGAGUGUCGUCAAUGAAGUUAUGCCCAAAACUUCCAACAGUGUUUCCAUCCUAGCUGUCUAUCUGACUAUCCUGUUGACCAUGAGUGGACUGUCCGUGGCAUCUACGGUACUGGUCCUACACUUUCAUCAUCACGCUGAUAUGAACGCAUCACCGAGUCACCUGAUGAACGAUGUUCGAAAUUCCCGCGUUUACAAGACACAACGAUCCCAUAGCAUCAACAACAAUAGAUGUCGCAAAGGGUCGGGAAUAGGGAAGAGUGAAGCCAUACCUUCCACGGAAAAACUGCUGGAAGAUUAUAUGGAAGUUGAAGAUUCCGAGGACCAAGCCAGGUCAGAGAUCAAUGUCUGUUGUCGCAAACUUCGAACAAAGUUGGAAAAUUGGCAAAAGCGCCGGAAACGUCGAGUUCUUGGAAGAGAAUUCGCUGAGAAGCUGGAUAGAGCGCUCUUCUGUACGGUGACAGUGCUGACUUUGGGUUCUACUGUUAUUGUGAUGAUUUUGUUGAUCUAUUGGUAAUGAUCGACUAAUGAUCGACUAUCGCCAAUCUUGGUGUUUUGUUCACUUUAUAUUGGAGAAACUUUGCGAAAGAAAUUCAAGUGUUCUUUAUUUGACAGAAGUCAUUUAAUAUUCAAAUUCCAGUCAAUAUACAUAUGUACCCACACUUUCUAUAAACAUAAUUCAGGUAAAUUGUGGUUACCUUGUCUGCCAAUCUAUCUACUUCUCUAUCUGUCUGUCUGUCUGUCCGUCCGUCCGCCUACCAGUCUGUCGCAUCAUUUUGUUCCUUCCAUACUUGUAAGUUGUAGCUGAAUCGUCUUUGGAAUAUAGUUGCAUACAUCUUUAUGUAUAAAAUUAAAAGCUCUCAGAAAUUAUA